AUGAUUCAAGGCCUCAACGUUCCGGUGGAGCUGUACCGCGGGAUACGGGACACGUAUUAUCCCCUCCCAAACCGGCCCGACAUCAUCAAGGCGUACCCGAUCCGAAAACGUCUUCCCGUCCGCAUCUUCUUCCCCUCGCACCACGACCUAACCUCCCCGGCCCUGCUCCCGACACUCUUCACAAUCCACGGCGGCGCCUUCACCUUCGGCCACGCCUCAGACGACGACCCAUGGAACCGCGCCUUCGCCGACACCUACACGGUCCUCAUAAUCUCACUCAACUACUCCAAAUCCCCCUGGUCCACCUUCCCCUCGCCCCUCCUCGACAUCGAAGCACUCUACCACGCAGCCCUCAACGACGAAUCCCUGCCCAUCGACCGCAUGCGGACGGCCAUCGCCGGGUUCGACGCAGGCGGUAACCUGGCCCUGGCCCUCUGCCAGCUACCCAGCGUGAAGUCCGGCCGUAACCCAAACCCACACCCACACCCGAACUCCAUAACCGAAUCAAACUAUGCGGGUACUAGUACCACCAGAUGCAAUCCACCGCCGGCAGCCGUGGUGUCGGUGUGCGGCAUGCUUGAUUUCACGACAAGCGCGGCCGAGAAGCUGGCCACAAGGCCGUAUAAACGUCAGCUGCGUGGGCCGAGGGGGUGGGGACCAGCGUUGGAUUGGAUGGGUCGGCUGGUACCGUCGUCUGCGUGGAGUUAUAUACCGUAUGGCCAUGACGCGGCGGAUCCGUUGCUCUCGCCCGUGUAUGCGGACAGGGAGGAGCUGGUGCCGCUGCAUGUCAUGGCUGUGGCGGCCGAAUUGGAUUGUUUGGCGAAUGAAAGCUCGCAGUCGCGUUGUCGUUCACCAAAACCCCAGCACAAACCUGACCUGCCCGACUACGACGACGGGGGCGGCGCGCAUGGGAGUACCAAGUGGCUGUUGGUGCCAGACGUAGUCCACGGGUUCGAUUCGGCGGGUUGGCGAGGCAAGUAUCUCUGGGCCGAUGAGAUUGCGCGCAUGGACGCUGAGAUGAAGACGAUUGCCUACCAGAGGGAGAUGGCUGAGUGGCUGUGGGGGACGGUGUGGCGCUGA